AAGACUCCGAAGUUUAUGAGGAAAUCUUUCCAAAAAUGUACAGAAGAACUAUAACAAAAAUUAACUUUGAUUUCAGAGACGCAGAAAAAACAAAAUUUACAAAGGAACUCUUCACGUGAAAACGCACCAAUAUUAGAACCUGGUCAAGUAGUGUUUAACGAAAGACAAGGAGUCAAAUCUAAAAGAUUGGAAAAAUUUAACUCUACAAUAGUAGAUCAGGAUAACCAAAUGACUUAUCGCGACCGGUUAAAUCGGAAACUCCAUAAAACAAGGUUGAAAAGAAUCAGGAAAUGAUGAAAUGUAUUAAUUCUUAACUAAUCAAUCCAUAUUAGGAUAUUAAUCUUUUCUUUCUCCACCCUAGGAAUGGACAGCUUGCGAAAAGCAUGAAAACCCUAUGAACCCCUGGAGGAUUAUACAUUAACAUUCCAAUACAUGAAUUCAAAUACCAUACUCAUGAUUUCAAAAUUUUAGGACACUCUUGCACGAAGUACAGCGCUCACACAGAAGCCUAAAGGAAUAUGAUACCCCUGCAACAAAGCAUUCCAACUCCUGCAAGCCACGCUUGGAGAGCACCCUUCCUGAUACUCAUCACACUUCCCUUAUUGAUUGAACCAUCCAAACUUUCCCUGAGAAACCUCAACGAAGACCCCAUUUUAUUUUUAAAAUAUGGAAAUUGUAAAAUUCAAACUGGAAAUUUAAAAAUUGUACACCCCAUUAAUCUAACAACGAUACAAGAAUCUAUCGAUUACUUGACUUCAUCCUUUUAUACAAGAGUAGAUAGCAGAAACCCUUUAGGAGGCAUAGUCAAACACAAGAUAAAAGCAUUGUACAACAACUUUCUUCAAAUAAAACCAUCAGAACAUCAUAGAGCAAAAAGAUGGGAUUCGUUGGGAAGUGGUUGGAAAUGGCUGGCCGGAUCACCAGAUGCACAAGAUCUUCAUAUCAUCAAUUCUACAAUGAAUGAGUUAAUAACCCAGAAUAAUCAGCAAGUUAAUAUAAAUAACCGCAUCAAUGCAAGAAUUUCGGAGCUGACCAGCAGCAUUAACAAAAUUAUCAACAGCAUGAAAACGAACGAGCUAGCAAAUGAGAUCUCGGCUAUCAUUACAAUAAUAAAUAUUGAUAUCAUCAACAAACUCCUAGAAGACAUACAAGACGCCAUCAUCCUAUCAAAAACAGCUACAAUCGCCAACAGAGUACUUUCUAUUCAAGAGAUUUCGUUCAUAAAAUCGCUUCUACAAAAUCAAGGAGUGAACAUAGAUGUUCCAGAUGAGGCCCUACAACAUGUCACCCCUAAGUUCGCCGCAACUCAACACACCCUCCUAUACAUCCUUCACGUGCCACAGUUAGAUAACGUAACAUCUUCUGUGAUUCGAAUCCACCCAAUAGUACACAAGAACCAAAUUAUUUAUGAUUAUCCGGAAUAUGUCGUGAAAAGUGAAAAUUCUCUAUAUACCACAAGUGAACCCUUUGAAUUCGUUCAAAAGGCGAAAUACCUAAAGGAAAUGCACGAUACUUGUAUCUAUCCCCUAGUAUUUGGGAAACAAUCGAUAUGCAAUUCCACGUUUUAUAAUAGGACAUCUCAAUUACUUGUAACGGAGAAUACACUUUUGGUCCAGAAUGCAAAAAACCACACUCUUAGUAGUAACUGUGGACCAGAUGAUCGUACAUUAGAAGGAAAUUUUCUAAUAUCAUUUGGAAACUGCUCUAUCACGUUCAACAACCAUUCAUUUCGGAACAACGAAAUCAUUCAGGAGGCUACUGUAAUCUAUGGAGCAUUACACAACAUAAAAACUAGCUGGAAUUACCAUCAACAUUUGGAUAUAUUCACACUCAGCAACGAAACUCUCGAGACCCGAGACAAGCUACAACACGUUUAUUUGGAGCAAUAUAGCUUGAAAUUAAAAUUUUGGACUUUAACCGGAGGACUUUCCAGCAUCUACAUCAUCAUCUCAAUCAUAAUUUUCAUUAUAGCCAAGACCAGAUGUCGAGUUCAACUCAAAGGACCGAGACGAUCCUCACUUGGGGAGGGAGAAGUUAUCGAACACCCAUCGAACCACGAUAAUCCUUCCACCGAGCUACUACGCAAUAAGCUGCAAAUUAUACAACAACAACAACAACAAAUAGCCCUUGCACUGGGCACCGUCAAUGCAUUGCCGUCAGCCGCCGAUACCAACAGCAACAUCAACAACAACACAUGUGCACCUUAACCGACGUUAACCCGACACCAUCGUUUCCCAUAUCAGCAGUCCAGAAGUAGGAUGCCCAAUCAGCAGGAAUCACGACGUUGACGACAGCUAGGGCAAUAAAUUAUUAAUCAGCAGAAAUAGGGUACUCGUAAGUUCCAAUGUACAA